AUGAGGAUAUCCACGAUCUUCUGUCUUUGUCCCGUACUGGUCUGCCUCUGCUUUCUCCAGAAGUGCUAUGGGGUUAGCCAUCAUGUCCCAACAUCCAAAGUGCCCAACACAAAGAACCAGACCAAACUGGCCAAUGGCGAGACGGAAGUGCACCACAGACCUAAACGCGGCUGGAUCUGGAACCAAUUCUUUGUUUUAGAAGAACACAUUGGACCAGAUGCUCAAUAUGUGGGAAAGCUUCAUUCCAACUCAGACAAAGGGGAUGGCUCCGUAAGGUACAUUCUGAGCGGGGAAGGUGCUGGGAGUAUAUUCAUCAUCAACGAGGUGACAGGAGAUAUUCAUGCGACUGAGAGCCUGGACCGGGAAAGGAAAGCACACUACGUCCUCCACGCACAAGCCUUCGACCGCAACACCGAAAAGCCCCUGGAACCAAAGUCGGAAUUCAUCAUCAAAGUCCAGGACAUCAAUGACAAUGCCCCCAAAUUUCCAGAUGGUCCCUUUGUAGCUGCUGUGCCUGAGAUGUCUCAAGUGGGUACUUCUGUAUAUCAAGUUACUGCUUCGGACGCUGAUGACCCAACGUAUGGAAAUAGUGCCCGAGUUGUCUACAGUAUUCUCCAAGGACAGCCAUAUUUCUCUAUUGAUCCCAAAACUGGAGUCAUCAGGACUGCCUUAGCCAGCAUGGACCGGGAGGCGAGGGAACACUAUGCUGUCGUCGUUCAAGCCAAAGACAUGGCAGGAUCGGUUGGAGGACUCUCUGGAUCCACCACCAUCAACAUCACCCUCACCGACGUCAACGACAACCCACCCAAGUUCCCGCAAAAAAAUUACCAGUUGUACGUCCCUGAGUCAGCCCAGGUGGGCAAGCCAGUAGGGAAGAUUAAAGCCAAUGAUGAGGACCUUGGCGUAAACGCAGCGAUCAAGUACAGCAUCAUCAACUCAGAAGGAGCGGCCGUGUUCUCCAUCGCCACAGACAGAGACACCAGAGAGGGAAUCAUCAGCCUCAAGAAGCCACUGAACUAUGAGAGGAAGAGGACCUACACCCUUCACAUUGAAGGAGUGAAUACCCACGUGGAACCUCGUUUUUCCUACCUUGGUCCUUUCAAAGACACUGCCACCCUAAAGAUCACUGUGGGAGAUGUGGACGAGCCCCCUGUAUUCUCUAUGGAUUAUUACAUCAUGGAUGUUUAUGAAAACGCUCAUAUUGGUACAGAGGUGGGGGCUGUAACAGCCCGGGAUCCGGACAGCAAAAACAGUCCUGUCAGGUAUUUCAUCAACCUCAGUGAACACGGAGAUAAGUAUUUUAACAUUGACAUGGACAGCGGCGUUAUAAAGACUAUCCAGAGUCUGGACCGGGAAGACAUGCCGUGGCACAACAUUACUGUGAUGGCCUCGGAGGUUGACAACCCCAGCCUCCUCAGCCACGUCCCAGUCACGGUGCAGGUGUUGGAUGUGAACGACAACCCUCCUGAAAUUAAAACAGACGAGGUGGUCGUUGUUUGUGAGAGCUCGAGGCCAGGACAGGUGAUUCAGACUAUCGCUGCAGUGGAUAAGGAUGACUUUGCAAACGGCCAGCGAUUCUCCUUCUCUUUGCUGAGCGGAAUCCCUGUCAACCCCAACUUCACCCUCAAGGACAAUGAAGACAACACGGCCAGUAUCAUUGCGCGCCGGAGGCGGUUCAGCCGACUGGUCCAGGAGUUGUAUGAGCUGCCCAUCGUGGUGUGGGAUGGUGGGGAGCCGGCACUGAGCGGCACCAGCACACUGACCCUGCAGGUGUGCCCAUGUCAGUGGAACGGGAGGGUGCAGACGUGCCAGGAUGAGAGGGGCCUCCUCUCCUCGGCAGGCCUCAGCACGGGGGCCCUGAUCGCCAUCCUGCUGUGCAUCGUCAUCUUGCUGGUGAUCGUGGUUCUGUUCAUCACCCUGCGGCGGAGCAAGAAGGAGCCCCUCAUCAUCUCAGAGGAGGACGUGCGUGAGAACGUGGUAACCUACGACGACGAGGGCGGCGGCGAAGAGGACACUGAGGCUUUCGACAUUAUUGCCCUGCGGAACCCCGCCGCCGCUGAAGAGCUCAAGUUCCGACGGGACGUCCGGCCGGAGGUGGCCCGACAAUAUGGCGGGCCGGCGCAGGGCUGCCACAGUCCCCCAGAGCUGGACCAGGUGAAUGUGCAGAAGUUUAUUAAACAGAGACUGGUGGAGGCAGACAUGGACACUGGUGGGCCUCCCUAUGACUCCCUCCAGACCUAUGCCUACGAGGGUCAAGGGUCGCCCACAGGCUCCAUCAGCUCUCUGGACUCCCCAGGAACACACUCAGAACAGGAUUAUAACUACCUGGAUGACUGGGGGCCCGAAUUUCAGAAACUGGCAGAACUCUACGAGGAGGAUAUGGAUGUGGCAGAAUUGGAUGUAGCGGUUGCAGUGACAGUGGCGACCUAG